CAAGUUUGUAUCCUUAGCCAUCUUGGAUGGGGUUACCCCCGCUGCAUAAUGCUUUUGUGUUUAUACAUGGUGGUUUAUACUUUUAUCUCUUGAAACAUUGCUGGUAUACUUUUCUUCUAAGCUAUUUAGUUAUAAAGCACAAUUGUUUUCUAUUCUUCCUGCAGUAAUUUCCAGCCACUUCAUCCUAAAAACCUAAGUCUAUUCUUUGUCUUCAUGCUUUCCUUAGAACUUUGAAAUGAUCCUGAAAGCAAAGUUCUGUCUCUGGGCUUGAGGCUAACAUCUAUUUGAACUGUGUAACUUGAUUGCUUUGAUUGCACAACUAGACAUGGAUGCGUGCAGUCUACUGGCUUACAAGUAGAGAUAUUCAUAGAAGGGAGAAAAAAAAGAAUAUCCCUUUAAUGGGUAUUGACCUUGAGCAGCCAUCAGAAGAACUUCACAGGGACAAGGGCAAUGAAGUUUGUUGUACUGAAGAGGCAGCUGCUAGUGCUGCAAUGACAGUUCAACAUGCCCAAGAGAACUUUAGGCCUAAAAAUACACAUCUCGUUUCUGAUGGGGAUAGGGUUCCACUAAGUCAUCAUAAGUUUUUGGAACCUCGUGAUGGUAUGGAGUUUGAAUCCAAGGAGGAUGCCUUUUCGUUUUAUAAAGAAUAUGCAAAAUCCAUUGGCUUUUCUGUAAUAAUAAAGGCCAGCCGCCGAUCAAGAAUAUCUGGAAAAUUUAUUGAUGCAAAAUUUGUUUGUACCAGAUAUGGACGCAAACAAAAAUCUUCUGUAUCUGAAACUCUAGAAGCUGUUGCAAAUAUUGAUGGCACAAACAAUAUCCCAAUCAAGAAAAAGAGAGGCAGAAAAAACCAAUCUUUGUCAAAAACAGAUUGCAAAGCUUGCUUGCAUGUUAAACGAGGGUCAGAUGGAAUGUGGGUGAUCCACACCUUUAUAAAGGAGCAUAACCAUGAAAUUGUUCCAGUCCAGUCCUAUAAUGUUCAAGGCCAUAGGAACUUGGAUCAAGGUCACAGUAAUGCUGAUGCAAUGCAUGCUGUGCGUGCCAGAACAAAAAAUAUGUGUGCAUCAAUGCAUAGACAGUCUGGUGUGGCAAAAAAGCUUGAGAAUAAUGGCAGCAGAAAUGUUGGUGCACAGAAUUUGGCUUUAGAUGAGCGAGAUGCAGAAGUUAUGCUUGAAUAUUUUUUGCAUAUGCAAGAUGACAAUCCCAACUUCUUUUAUGCAUUAGAUUUGAAUCAGGAACAAUGCCUAAGAAAUGCUUUCUGGAUUGAUGCUAAAGCUAGGCUUGAUUAUCAUCACUUCUGUGAUGCUGUGUUUUUUGACACUGCAUAUAUCAAGAAUGAGUAUAAAUUGCCUUUGGCUACAUUUAUUGGUGUGAACCAUCACUUUCAGUUCCUACUGUUUGGCUGUGCUCUAAUUGCAGAUGAGAGUAAAUCUACAUUUGUUUGGCUGAUGCGAGCAUGGCUUAGAGCAAUGGGUGGACAAGCUCCUAAAGUGAUACUGACUGACGAAGAUACAGCUCUGAAGGAAGCAGUUGCUGAAGUUUUCCCAGAUUCUCGCCAUUGUUUUUGUUUGUGGCACAUAUUGAGUAAAAUUCCAGAGAAGCUUGGUUCUGUCAUAAGAUGGUGUGAAAAAUUUUCUACUAAGUUUAAUAAAUGCAUUUUGAAGUCAGUAACAGAUGAACAGUUCCAAAAGAGAUGGUUGAAGAUUGUUGAUAGAUUUGAUUUAAGAAAUGACUUGUGGAUUCAAUCACUGUAUGAAGAUCGCCUGAGGUGGGUUCCGGUGUAUAUGAACAGUAUCUUUUUGGCUGGAAUUUCUACAAUGCAAAGAUUGGAAAGUGUUAGCUCCAUUUUGGAUAAAUGCAUGCAACGCAAAACUACAUUAAAGGAGUUUCUCGACCAGUACAAAAAUAUAUUGCAAGAAAUGGGUGAAGAUGAGGCUAAGGCUGAUUUUGAGACAUGGCAUAGAAAGCCGGUAUUGAAAUCUCCCUCACCCUUUGGAAAACAAAUGGCAGCAUUGUACACUCAUGCAAUAUUUAAAAAAUUCCAAAUUGAGGUUUUGGGAGUUGUUGCAUGUCACCCUAAAAGAGAAAGUGGAAAUGAUGAAACUGCAACAUUUAGAGUGCAAGAUUUUGAGGAAAAUCAAGACUUUAUUGUAUUCUGGAAUGAGGAGACAUCUGACGCUUCUUGUUCAUGCCGUUUGUUUGAGUAUAAAGGUAUUCUGUGUCGGCAUAUAAUGAUUGUUCUUCAAAUGGCUGGUGUAUACAACAUCCCCUCCAAAUAUAUUUUAAAGCGAUGGACAAAAGAUGCAAAGAAUAGAGAAACGGUGAGGCUAGUAGAUUCGAUUGUGUCUAGGGUUCAACGAUAUACUGAUAUAUGUCAACGAGUUUUUAAGCUAGGUGAUGAAGGGUCACUAUCUCAAGAAAGCUAUAAUUUGGCAUUCAUUGCACUAGAAAAGGCUUUGAGAAAAUGUGAAAGAGUGAAUAGCUCAAUUCAAUAUGAAGUGGAGCCUUGCUCUCCAUCAAAUCAGGAUCUUAAUAAUUUUGAAGAGGCAAUUCAAAGUAACUGUGCGCAGAAGACAAAUGAAAAGAACGAAUCCAGAAGGGAUAAGGUUCAAUUGGAGCAAGAAGGACUAGCCAUUUCAAUACAUGAUAGUUGGCAGCAAAUGGGGCAGCUGAACUCUAGAGUUGCAACCCUUGAUGCCUACUUUAGUAGCCACCAAGUUGUUCCAGGAGUGGGACAAAUGAAUACAAUUUCUUCAAUCUACAGCAAUCAACCAGGCAUACAGGAGCUGGGUCAAUUAAACACAACAGCUCCAAUGGACAAUGGUCCGUACCUCACUCAACCAAGAUUGCAUGGACUGACGCAGUUACAUUUCAGACCCCAAAGUCUGCAGAACUAUUUUGAAAUGCCAGAAAGUUUGCAGGAUCUGUGAUCAUUCUAGCACGAGUACAACGGGGAUGCUUUGCCCAACAUUCGGUAGCUUUUGCAUACUGCAUUUCCCGCAACCAAAGUUAGCCGUGUUGUAGUUUUGUACAGAAGGUUAUAUCACUGUUAUCCAGCUUCAGACAUCAAUGGCUCUUAUCAGGGGAAAUCAAGUUCAUUGGGGGAGUUACCUUUGAUUAGCCCAUUAAAAUGUACAAUUCAACAAUGCACUUAUGUGCUCUCUCAACUUGUAUUUUCUGAUUAAAGGCAGAAUUAAAAUCCCUAUCUUCUCAUUGCAAUGAUUAUAUGAGCACAAAGCAUCGAAUUAGUAUACAAAUGAUGUAUUUUUAGUAUAUUAAAAAUGUACGGAGUAACUUAUAUUAGCGGUUUGCAUUACAAGA